CGCCGAUUUUUGAUUAUUUGAGGCUCAAAUGCAUAUUUAGUCUGGGCAUUAUUACCCUAACGGUUUAGCAACGUCAGGAUUUUGUGCUUGUGCAUCCAGCCUACAAACACAAAGCUUCACAUACAGACCAAGAUGGCAGCCGCUUCAUUUAAUCGUCUAGUACGCUUCAUCCCCAAAUCAGACAGCUCAGCGAUCCUCCUCGGUCAGCCCGCCGACAGCGCCGUGGACGUCGGAGCAGCUCUGCGCGCUGAAAAAGAGGUCCUCGUCGAUAUCUUCAGCGGCAAGUCGGCGCUUAGCCCCGGGUCGAAGACGGGGAAGACGGAGUCGAUAGCGCGGCUUUUGUCGCCGCUUGCGCAGGAGGAGGUUGGGACGAUAAGGUGUAUUGGGCUUAAUUAUGCUCAGCAUGCGAAGGAGGUCAAGAUGGCGCUGCCGACUCUGCCUACCCUAUUCCUCAAGCCGGAAACUGCCCUAGCAGACCCCUGGCCAACGCCCUUCACGAUUCCUAAAUCCACGAUUGGAGAUGACACCACUGACUUCGAGUCCGAGCUCGCGAUUGUUAUUAAUCGCGCAGCAAAGGAUGUAUCGGAGGCUGACGCGCUUGAGUAUGUCUUGGGCUACACGGCAGCGAACGACAUCUCGGCGCGCAAUGCUCAGUUCGCGCAGACGCAGUGGUGUUUUUCGAAGGGCUUUGAUGGCGCGUGUCCGAUUGGCCCGGUGUUGAUCUCCAGCAAGGAGUACGACGUGAGUAAACUCCGAGUUCGUGGUCUGAAGAACGGACGAGUCUUGCAAGACUGUGGGACCGAAGACCUUAUCUUCUCCGUCGCUAAGAUCGUGAGCUUCCUCUCGCAGGGGACGACGCUGAAGCCUGGAACGGUCAUCUUGACUGGCACCCCAGCUGGUGUGGGCCACGGCUUCUCGCCGAAGGAGUAUCUCCGUGAUGGCGACGAGUUCUCUGUUGAGAUCCUGCCGGGUAUUGGGACGUUGACUACGGCGUUUGUCAAUGGGAAAUAGAGUGACAGAGUACAGCAACCGAUAAGUAUUACAGCAUGGCCAGAUCACUCGACAGAUUUCAGGUGGUGAUAGUAUGAUAAUCUGUACAUAGAAUAUAUUAUCAUGCCAAUUCACGGCUAUACUGCG